AUGGCUAAAGAAACUACCACGGUUAGUGUUUUUUUUAGGGAUCUCUGAAUAUAUGAAUAAUGUUUAAAAAAUGCUAAACAUGAUACAUUGCGUGUUUGACAUAAAAAAUGAAAAUUCUGAAUGUGAGCAUUUAGUUUUACUUUAAUUCCAAGUUCCUUGAAGAACUCAGCUUUUUUUUCUUUUUUGUUUAGAAAACAAAAUAAUUUUAAGGACCACUCAUUAAAGAUAAGAACCAUUGAAAAUAAACACUUUUUUCUCUUUUUUCUUUGUUCAAAAAUUUCUUCAUCGCACCUAUUCACUUUCUUUUUUUUUCAAAAAAAACGUCACCAUUUUGUGAAUUCUUUUCCUUUUUUCCUUCUGUGAAUUGGAAAUUGAGAAAAAAGCAAAGGCAAAAAAAAACAUGGAGCAGAGAAAAAGAAAAACGAAAAAGAAUAAGAGAGAGUUGGAUUGUGACGUAGAUGAUCUGAAAAAGACUGAAUGAGAUGAGAAAAUGAAAUAACACAGAGAGAGACUUACGACAGAAGAAACACCGCAAAAAAAACAACGAUGAAGCUGUUGUCUAAAUACAUUGGUAAAUGAACUUUUUCGAAAAUAAAUUGUGCAAUUAGGAAAAGUAGAGAGAGAGAGAUAAUUUGUGUUUGUUUGAAGAAAAUCAUUUUUCCUGGUUUUUUUUACAAAGGGAGAUUUCAAUGAUUAAGGCAUUUGCAUAAGAUAGAAUUUCAGAGAAUCAAAAACGUAUGAAGUAAUAAUAACUUUAGAGAGUCACCUAGAAAGAAAUUCUCAAAAAAAAAAGUUUUUAGGUGAAAAAUAUUAGCGUGAAUGACUUUUUUCAGAUUAAUUUAAAAAAUGAAAAAUUCUUUUAGCUAAUGAAUGGUACAAGCAAACAGGAGGAAAAGGAAACUUUUGCUCAAUUCCUUUACAACAAAAAUAAAGGAACCGUAUUGGGUAGAACCGGAAAAUCAUGGUGUAAGUUGUUUUUUGAAUAAACAUUUCUUGAUCAAGAAUUUAAAUAUUUUUUUAUUCCAGGUCAAAUCACAAUUUUCUACAUCAUCUUCUACUUUUUCCUCUUUGCAUUCUGGAUCGGAUGUUUGGCAAUUUUCUUGAAAUCUCUUGACCCAAAAGUCCCAAGAUUCUAUGGAAAAGGAACAAUUAUUGGUGUUAACCCAGGUGAGAUCGCCGGAAACAAGUCGAACUUUGUUUGCUUUUUUUAUCUUAUCAACAUUUUUUCGCGGCACUCAAAAAUGCAAAAUUGCAGCAAUUUACGUAAUAAGAAUUAUUUUAUCACAAUGAUAAUAUUAAUGAUGUUGGUUUUUAAUUACCUACGUAUAAUUCUUUUGUUUCCAGGUGUUGGAUACCAACCAUGGUUAAAAGAGAAUCCGGAUUCGACGCUUAUCAAAUUCAAUGUGAAAGAUCCAUCAACAUUUGCACCAUAUGUUACACAACUCAAUGAUUAUUUGGCAAAAUACAACAAGACUGAAAACACACGAAAAUGCUCACCAACUGAUUCAAAUGCUGAUUUAGCUGAUGGAAACGAAACUUUGCCUUGCCAAUUCGAUUUGGAUCAAUUCGCCAAAUCUGGAUGUGGAGCUAAUCAAGAGUAUGGAUACAAAGCCGGAACUGUGAGUCUAAAGUUUCGAUUUUCAUAAAAUACAGAAAGACAAUCAAAAUACUUUCAAGAUUCCAUAAUUUAAAGUUGACAUAUGUUCACUUUCACAAUAGGAUGAAACAAAAAUAUGCUAGGAUUUUUAUUUUUAAAUUUUGUGACAAUUUUUCAAAAUAAUUUACCCUUGACCCUUAAUAUUUUUUUUCAAAUUUCCGAAUCACUGAUUUUCAGCCAUGUGUCGUUGUUUCAUUGAACCGUUUGAUCGGAUGGCGCCCAGUCGAUUAUCCAGCUAACAGUAUCCCAGAAGAAGUGAAAAACAGAUACAAGCAAGGAUCAAUUGCUAUCAAUUGUGAAGGAGCCACCAACAUUGAUAAAGAACAUCUUGGAAAAGUGAAAUAUAUCCCAGAAUCUGGAAUUGAUGGAAGAUAUUAUCCAUACGCUUUCACCACUGGAUACCAACAACCAAUUGUAUGUUUAUUUUAUGUUUUUAUAAUAUUUUACGUUAUUUUUCAGGCGAUGGUCAAAUUCGAUAACAUUCCAAAGAACAAACUUGUCAUCGUUGAAUGCCGUGCUUAUUCUUUGAACAUUGAACACGAUAUCUCAUCCCGUCUUGGUAUGGUUUAUUUCGAAGUUCUUGUUGAAGAAAAAGCACCAGCUCCAAAACCAGCAGCUUAA